AUGGAUAGUAACAAGGAAGGGGGUUGUUGGUAUGUCGGCCUGUCAAAGUUAGACAGGCUGGUCGAGGAUUCGCUGGUCUUGGCUAAUACGGGAGUCCGGGCGAUCAAUGACUACGGCGGCUCGGACACGCCUGAAGCCACGCGGAUCAUCGAUAGUUUCUUCAAACCCCAACUCAUACAAGAACUUUACCAGAUCAGGAUACAGUUCAGUAAAGUGCGAGACUGGCUCAAGGACGGCGGUCCGGUCAACGACCGCCAGCACAAUGAAGCCAGGCUGUUUUGCGACGACAGCUGGGCCGAGAAAAAAAAGUUGCACGACAAUGCCGUGGACGCGGAGCUCAAUGGACUAAAUGACCUUUACGGCAACCCCAUCCAGGUUAUGGAUAUUCCCGGUGUGUUAGGCGACCUACAAGCCAAAUCCGAACAGUUGGGGAUUCUCCCAAAUCAGCUUGCCGUAUAUUUAAACUUGAACACCCGCUCGUAUUUUGUCGACCAGAAAUACGGACUCAGUAGUAUUUAUUACGGGUUCUGCGAGAACUCAGAAAUGCAUGGAAUGACCAUCCACUGGACUGGGGCCGGAUACUCGUCGUUGACAAUUUGCCCAUCCGCAUUCGGGCAGGGCCGGCGGUGGCGGCGAUGGGAAUACCAAGACCUCGACUCAACACUGCUACAACCGGUGCCGCUAUCCAAAGUCGCCCAGAACCCGUUCGACCCCGCGCUCCAGGACAUUGCCACCCUGCGCCCCAGCGUCUACGUCUUUUUCCACGAGCUCUUCCACCUCGUUCUCGGCUCCGAAUCCACCUACCCUGACGGUGGAGAGUUCUACGACACCGGCUCCAUCCUCGGCGCCCAUUUCAGCCAGGCCAUCCGCAACCCCGAGAGCUUCGUUCGCCUCGCCAUCGGCUACGAGCGCACCCGCAAGGUGCCCCCCGACGCCAACGGACAUCGCGUCGAGUUCUUCACCGGCUACGCUACCCAGGGCUACGACGUGCUGGAACCCCUUCCUGUCCCUUCCGCGAAGUAG